AGCAUCGUUCCCACCACCACCACCACCACCACCACAGCAACAUCUCCCUCCGCAUCGAGGCAUUGCUUGCUCGCAUGUCUGCUGCGCUACCCUCAAACAUACAUACUUGAAUAAUUCAUUUUGUUUCACUUAGACCGACUGCAUUUUGCUCUUACCUCUCUCUACCACACUUUUCUUCGAUUUCUGCUAAGCGUUUGAUGGGUGGAUUUCUUUGCCCUUCCUACUCGCUUUCUCCGUCUUGCCUUCCUCGCUAGCGAUGACGUGCGCGAUCGGCAUCGUGUGGUGCUGAGGGUAGACUACACCACGAACCGCUUGGUUCUGUGUAUUUGUUACUUUUUGCGUUCUCUUUUUUCUUCUGCCUAUCUGGGGGAAAUGCUCGCAGACGUUUCGGACAACUUCGCACGGCCGCCGCCGGAGCGCCUGACGCGCAGUGGUGCGGCAACGUACACGAAGAAGAAAAGCCGCCACACCAAGCUUCGCCGCGUCGAUGAGUCGGAGCAGGACGACUGGCUCGACCGCGCGCGGCAGGGCGUCCACUGCUCCCUCCUGUGCGGGGGGACCAAAUGCCGACACGAGAGUUGGGAGGCGAUGACGGAAGAGGCGCAGCGCGCGGCUGCCAUUGAAGGGCUCAACUCCAACUGGGUCGGCGACGACGUGAUCGCCAGCCAGCGCCCAUCGACCUCCCUCUUCGUGAAGUACCCGAUCAUUGCCCAAUUUAGUGCCAAACAUGUCACCGGGGUGCUAAACCUCCAGGAAAAGGGUGAGCACAGCAAUUGCGGACCAGAGGGCGUGUACGAGAGCAGCGGGUACAGCUACAACGGCGCUGAAGAUCUGAUGCCGCACGGGAUCUCGUACUACGAGUUUCCCUGGCCGGACAUGACGGCACCGGAGCAGGAGGUGGUGCUGCGCAGCGUGCAGGUGAUGGACUUCCACAUAAAGCAGAAGGGUAAGGUGCUCGUGCACUGCCAUGCGGGCCUGGGCAGAACAGGACUGCUCAUUGCGUGCUACUAUGUGUACAGCAAGCACAUCCCGUCAUCCGAGGCGAUCGCGCUGGUGCGCAAGGCGCGGCCGGGUGCGAUUCAAACCACGCGACAGGGGCAGUUCAUCGCGGGCUUUGAAAACCACCUCUGGCGUCUCUCGCAGGCCUUUCGCGUUGAAAUCUCUGACGCGUUGAUCGAUCUUGACCUGUUCAUCCAACGACAACGCCUGGUGCUACACGGCGAGCAGGCGGACCUCUACAAAAACGUCCCGCUGUUCCUCCACAACAUCCUGUGCCGGCUGCUGAACCUCACCAAGGACAACCCCGAGGCGUCGCGGCUGGCCCUGCUGUCCCUUGGUCCCAGCGCUGCUCCCAGUGACGCCGUGCUCUCGUCGUGCCGCAUCGCGAUCAAUCGCCGACGCUUCCGGGUGCAAAGCGUGCGGGACGUCUCCAUUUUGAGCUUCCUCGUGUGCGACUGGUUUCGCAGCAGCUCGUCGCCUGCCUUGACGGUGGAGAGCUGCGACAAGAUGGUAGAGUACAAGCGCGGACUCUUCGCGAAGCCGGAGGGGCUGUCGUUGGAGAUUCGCAAGAUCCUUUCUAAACCAACUCGUCACACCCUUGGCAUGGUGACCUCCGCCGUUUACAUCAUCUCUCGACAGGUGGAGGGCACCAGUCUGACCACCUUUGCCUUCCGCUGCCUCGUCGACGCCCUCAAUCACGCCUUCAACGCCAUCAAGGUGCGCCACAGCCCUCUGGAGCGAGAGCUACUUCAUGAAUUCUUCCUCGAGUGGGGGGCGAGUGUGGGGGAUAUGUACUUCAACUACGACGCCGUGCCGGCGGCACACCGCACAAUCAAGCGCAUUGCGCUGGCUUCCUCCAUCGUGCUGCAAGCCACCAAGGCGGGCGAUGUGCGGCCAUACAGUCCGAAGCGGACUCUGCUACGGCCGGUACUCUCCGCCACGGCGGAAGAGCCCCACAACCCGACUCUCCGGGUCACGACGGCUUCGCCGGUGCGACGGAAGAGCUCGGGAUCCGCCGCCGCCUCGCCUGUCUCGCCCAUUAGUACCACCGCGGCGUCGCCACUUUUGAACUAUGCGGACUCCGCCAACAAGACGCGUCUGUGGCGGGAGCACCUGGUGGCUUAUCGCCGCGACCUUGACGUGGGCGACCGCCGGCGACGAGGAGGGGGUGGGGAGGAGUCGCCGCUGUCCCCUGUUCGCAACAAUGCGAUGUGA